UUAGGUAAAGAAAAAGUGGUGUUCCCCUUUUGCAAUUCCUCUUUGUCGUCUAGGUUCUCCAAUUUCUAUGCUGGUCCGAAAAUCAGAUGCCCAGUUUUCCUUGAUUGCUCUUUUCUCAAGCGUUACCCAUUGUCUCUGCUACAUAGGAUUAGGAUUAAGAGAGUCGAGUGAAGGAAUAGGCCAACCAACCUAUUUCAAGAUCCCAGGAGGGAUAUACAAACUUUAGUAUGAGCAAAUUUGCACUGUUAAUCUUCUUAUUAUGCACACGGCAACACAUUAACUCGGGUAUCGUAUCACAGGAACUGGUGGUAUAGUAUCAUAGGAACAAGAAAUACUUACUUUGCAGUGUUUGUUAUUGGCCGGCACCAACUAGUUUGGGAUUAAAUCAUAGCAUAGGUGGAUCUUGGAUUUGAAAUUUAUGGGUUUGGGAUUGUAGGACAGCGACCUUAAGUGCUAGUAACUGAGUUCUGAAUUUAGUAUUCGUGCAUAUUUAGUUGAUUUCUUAACAAUAUACAGGAUCUGAGCCAAGCUACUGGAGUCGGUCGAACCCGUAUGUUACACUCUGAGUCUGCCCUUGAGUGAUAUUAGUAGGAGUAGUAGUUGUUGUUGUUUUUGUUGUUGUUGUCGUGUCUUUUGUGAGAUACUAGUCUCAUGAAGUUCUAUGCUAGAAAACUGCCCUUUAGAUACAUAUCUGUUUCUCUCCCAUUUGGGGUUUGUAACAUUUCUAAUGUACCAUGUAAAAGUUGCUUUAGCUACUUUUCCACCUUGUCUAGUGUGUUUUGUUCCGUAAGUCCCCAGUUUGCUGGCAAUAGAAUUCCAGGUGAGCAACAGAAAUGCAUGAUCUUGGGAAGAGAUUCUGAUGUUAAUGUUGUACUUGUUAGAAUAAGUCCUGGAAGCAGUGAGGCUGAGGUUCUCCAGUCAUUGCUUUCUGAUCCGGAUUGUGAUUCCAUACAUAUCACUGAUAACUUUGUUGAUAGGAUGCUUUAUCGCUUCAAAGAUGACUGGAAGUCUGCACUUGGUGCUUUUAGAUGGGCACAAUCACGUCCUGGCUACAAUCCCUCACCAGAAUUGUACGAUAAGUUGGUAGAUAUACUGGGAAAGAUGAAGAAAAUGGAAAAGAUGCACUCAUUGAUAGACGAAAUGCAUGCAAACCAUCUUGUUUCUCUCAACACAAUAGCAAAAGUUAUGAGAAGGUUUGCAGGUGCAGGAGAGUGGAAAGAAGCAGUGAGGACAUUUGACGAGUUGGGAAAAUUCGGUUUGGAGAAGAAUACAGAAUCAAUGAAUCUGUUACUAGACACUUUGUGCAAAGAAAAUAAAGUCCAACAGGCACGUGAAAUUUUUUCCGAGCUCAAGUCGCAUAUACCACCAAAUGCAAACACGUUUAACGUUUUUAUUCAUGGUUGGUGCAAAGUUAAUCGGGUAGAAGAAGCGUACUGGACAAUUCAGGAGAUGAAAGGCAAUGGUUGUUCUCCUUGCGUCAUCAGCUACUCAACAAUCAUCAUGUCCUACUGCCAGCAAUUUAACUUCCAGAGGGUCUACGAGCUGCUUGAUGAUAUGCAAGGACUGGGAUGUGUACCAAAUGUUGUCACUUUCACCACCAUCAUGUGUUUCUUGACAAAAUCAGGGGCAUUUGAGGAAGCCCUUAAGAUUGCUGAGAGGAUGAAAUCAGUUGGUUGUAAACCUGAUACACUUUUCUACAACGCUCUGAUUCAUACAUUAGGCAGGGCGCACCGAUUACAAGAAGCUACUCGUGUCUUGAAGGUUGAAAUGCCCAGAAAUGGUGUUCAACCUAAUACAUCGACGUAUAAUACUAUCAUUGCCAUGUUUUGCCAUCACUCGCAAGCGGAAAGUGCGCUAGAAUUUUUAAGGGACCUGGAAAGUUCACCAUAUUGUAAACCUGAUGUUCAGUCAUACUUUCCGCUGCUCAAGUUGUGCUUUAAAGUUGGGAAGACAGAUGAUUUCCUGAAUAAGUUGGUGAAUGACAUGGUUAAUAAGCAUCAUCUAAGUCUUGAUCUAUCAAGUUAUACACUUCUUAUCCAUGGUUUGUGCAGAGCAAAUAAAUGUGAAUGGGCCUAUCUUGUUUUUGAGGAUAUGAUCCGCCAAGAGAUUACUCCUCGAUACAAGACAUGCAGUGUGCUACUGCAGGAAAUCAAACAGAAGAAUAUGCAUGAUGCUGCCGAUAGGAUUGAAUUGUUCAUGAAGAAAAUGAAGACCUCCUGAAUAGUUCCUGGAAACUAAUUUGAUGUUUCGUUUAUCAAGUAACAAGUUUCCCUUCAUAAGUGCCUGCUUUUAAUAGAUUGUUGAAUUUGAAAUGUAGAUUUCUUGUUUGGCAUAACACUGAAAUCUGGGAAUAGCGCUGCAGCUGUUAUCUCUGGUUUGGUAUGAAGCUUGUACCUUGAUCACAUUAUCUUACUAUUUCUUACAUCUGGCUGCUUAAUUAAGCCAGAGUUGUAUCAUGCUUGGCUGCUGAAUGCACGGAGAUGAUUAUCUUUCGGUUCACAAGGCUAGUCCUGGAGCAACUCUUAGUAGUCCACACUGAUGCUUUAAAAGAUUACAAAGCUCCAUUCCAGGUUCUAGUGUGUUGCUCAUGAUCCAAGUUUUUUCCCCUUAAUUUAAGACUUUUGGAAUUCCAAAUUGAUGCUUAGCAGAUUAACCUUUUUACAGAUGAUAGGACAUUGGUGUAAAUGAUGUACAAUGCUGUGGUUUAAGCUAGUUUUAAGAGUUACUUUCUUAUUGAUGGUCCAAUAUUUUGUCAA